AUGACCCAAAUUGAGAGACGGGCAAAAUAUAGACAGGAAUUCUUGAAGCUUAGGACCGACCCAUGCUUACACUCGAAGGAGUCGGGAUAUGUUUUUGACGAAGCUCUGCAGAGAUGGCUGUCAAUGAAAGCCUGUCAGGUUGAAUAUUUCCAAGCCACUCCCCGGAAUGCUAUGAAGGGUGCUCUCAUGAUAGUCCUUCCUAUGUUUGUGUACGGAUAUAUUCUAUGGAAACAAAGAACUAACUUCUUGCAGGAUUGCCGUUGUGGCAAGAUUCGUUACAGAGAUAGAAUGUUCAAAUUGUGCUAA